GCCUGCCAUUCAAUCGAAUGUCAACGGCGUGGAGACAUGCACGAUGGAGACUCAGGACAUGGUGAAGGGUAUCGCAGGUGUCAGCAACGAAGGGAUAUCGGCCGGAGCAAACACCACGGACUGUGCAAUGGCCCUUGCGGGAAUUUGUGCGCAGGCUGCAGACUUGAGCACGGAUGGCGACACGAGCGAUGAUGGUGCAAAGUGUCUUGUUCCAUACAAGAAUGUUGAGAGGACGAGAGCAGGAGGACACUUCCCGUAUGACGUCAAUUGGGUGCCUGGUCGUCUUCAACCGGGUACCGUUGGAGGAACGCCGUGCUUUGCGUUCAAAGUGAAUGGGGAAUGGGUUCCAUAUCCCGCCCCCACAGAGGCAUCGUGGAGGUGCGUGACUCUGUCAAUCAUCUUCGACAGAGUGCUGAGGUUGAACGAUGCGGCGACCCCUGAUGAGAAAUCAUGGCAUGUGUUGAAACUAUGGCGUGCUCUGGACGCGAAGGGCGAUUUGAGGCUGAAUGAUUUUGAGUACGACAGUGUCGACUGCGGAGAGUCAUGGGUGAUUGGCGGGUUGGACACUGCAGUGGCCUCGGUUUGUGCAGAGACUGAUGCCAGGAGGGAUCCACGGGAGGUGACUGAAGAGGAAAAGAUGACGAUGGCUUGUCCCACCGCUGCUGCUCGUUGUUUUUCGCCGCCUCUUCGGAACCCUGUGGAGCUCGAGGUGGUAGAGGGGAAAGUGUUCGCGGGUGAGCAGGGGUACACAUACACGCAUGCCAGAGGGGAGGAAGCUACUGCUGAUGGAUUGUCCCCGCUGGUAUGGAACCCGCCCAACCUGAAGCCUGACGUUCUGGCUGCCAUGGACAUUACGGCCCAUGUCAUCCCUGAGGGGCAGUUGCAGCACCAUGUGGCCCCUCAGAAGUAUGGAUAUCGUGUGAAUUGGCUGUCAGGAUGUCUGCAUCCUGCAACAGUUGAUGGCAAGGUGACCAUGGCGGCCAAACUGCAGACAGGCCAUUGGCUGCCCUUGGGUUGGAUGCAUGCAGGCAUGGUGGAGCAGUGGCAGUUCCUGGUGGUACUGGCACGUGUGUCCAUUUUCAAUGCAGAUGUGAAGGAGCACGUUCUAGUUGUGAAGCAUGCAAAGCGGUGCUUGGAGAAGAUAAGGGAGGAGGAUCGUCAGAUGAUGUGCAUGGGUUACGACUCCAUGCCAGAGCAAGGGAUGUGGUCCAUGGUUGAGGGGAGUCCUGGUGGGCAAGGGCAUGGCGAUGGGGAGAACAUGUACAUGGCUCAUAUCCGCCGCAGGCAUGGAUGCUCUGCCCAUGUUGGUUGGGUCCCGCCCAUAUGUCGCCUGACACACGAGCAAGGUGGAGAUAUGACGAUUAGGUUCAAGGACCCGCUUGGUUUGCCGUUUCUGCUGACGUACUCAGAUGGCCUCCUGCGAGACAUUCGGUAUAUGGUGCACGAGGACACCCGAUGUGGACUUCAGAGGCCGGGACAAACGGAGGAGACGCGCCUGGGGCAUCAGGGUGGUUUGUCUGCUGAGGUGGAGGGCCCACGUGGCAGUGAGCGAGUUGCAGGGUGCUCUGCAGCGCAGGCUGACGUGGUCGGGCCCAGCAACACUGGGAUGUCCCACAGCCCGAGGAAGGUGAAGGGGGUUGUGUCGAGGCCACAGAGGGGGAAGCCGGCUGGUGACAAGCGAAAGAAGAACCCCCAGCCUAAGCCAGCGACCGGUGGCAAUGAAGAUGCGCCUCGCCGGGUCCAGAGACGCCGCAGACACCCCGGGAUGGCAGCUCUGACAGAGAUCAGGAGGCUGCAGCGAUCCACCGACCUUUGUAUCCCUUUCAGGCCCUUCUUGCGCCUCGUCCGCGAGGUGAUGGAGAAGGACAUUUCCCCUGUUCAGGCCGUGAGGUUCCAGAUGACGGCCGUGUGUGCUUUGAUGGAGGUUGCGGAGGCUUCCCUGGUCGCCAACUUCGAGAACACAAACGAAGUGGCGAUCCACUCGAAGAGGGUGACCAUCCAGGUGAGGGAUAUGAGACUGGUGGAUAGGUUGACGAAGCCUCGCUGGGUGGAGAAAUAUCAGGGGAUAUUGGACGAGAGGGCGAGGUCUGAGGACAGGCAGCGACGGAUGGACGUCAAACAGGCUGAGAGGGAAGGCCGGGGAGCAGGCGCGAAGAAGAGAAAGGCACCGGCACCGACACAGGUGGCGAAGGCUCUCGCAGAGGUGAUGAAGUUUGCAGAGGAGCGAUUCCACUACAACGGCCGUGGCGAGUUGUCUUUGGUGGAGGAGAGGGUGUCGCGGUACUUUGCUGUUACCGUGGAUAUGAGAUCCACGAUCAUGGCCAACGGCAGUGGUUACGUACAGGCACGAACACUCUUGGAACGAUUGAGAGAGUCACCUGAUAUUCGUGUGGACAGCGACGCGGAAGACAACCCAUACAGUCUAAAAGGAGUGGUGCAGUGGAUGUGCAGCGAAGGCAUGCGCGACGAAGGACUUGUCGACAUGUCAAUGCAGCAGAGAGGGGGGACCUAUACACCUGUGGCUUUCAAGAAGUUCAUGGUGAGUGUGGCGAAGGGAUGGGACAUGCUUGUUGAAGGGACGAAGGAGGAGUUGAAGAGGGGUGCUGCAGAAAUACUAGUGCUGUCCAGAAUCAAGGACAUGACACAAACACCGCCCCAGGACUUUCAAGAGCUUCCCAUUAUUGUUGCAGACGGUGUGGAAUACGUUCUGCUUGACCAGCUAGGUGAUCUCAUGGGGAGGUCAGAGGACGACAGGAACGUCAUUCAUGAGAUGUUGCACGAAGUCACAGAGUAUGUCGUGGAGGGUCGAGAUGUCAUUGAGUUUGAGCCCGCGUCGGCAGGAGAGGAGAUCAUUAGUGGCAGACCAUUGUGGGGGGGCUUGUUGGGUUGUGCUCUGGAGCGGCUUGGUCUUGCAACCUGCGAUGUCGAGAGACGGAGAGAAAGGGAAGAGGGUUGGAGGAUGAUUGCCAGCGAAACAAGGUUACCGAUCAUUGAAGAAACCUGGGAGACAUCAGCAGCACAAGAUACGAGCGGGGCGAUGGUGGUUGACGAGGACGAGCACACAGACGAUGCACAGCACAGAGUCGAUGCAGAGGAAGAGGAUAAGGAAGAGUGCGAGGGGUCUGACGUGGAUGUGAGCGGUAGCGACGUCAGCCGCGACGAAGCGGACGACGAAAAUGACGUGUACUACGAUCUCAAGACAGCGGGUGGACAAGUAACCAAAGGUUGGGCAGAUGCAAUCCUGAGGUUGGCACGAGUAUUUCCCGAUCCGCACAACGUGUUGCGUGUGGUGUUCAAGGGGGCGACACCUGAUGGUGCCAUGCAGUAUGCUGCAGUAACCACCAUAAUGCGAUCCUGCAAGAAGGGGAAAAAAUGGUCACGUAUCGGCAAGGCAUGGUUUGUUCUGGUGAACAGAGAGGCUGUGCUAGCAACAUCGCUGACAUGGGGACUGAACCUGAGUUGCCUCUUACAUGGCGCAGUGGCCACAGCUUGGGGAGAGACAUUGCACCCCGGCUUGUCGACAGGGGACGCAGUAGAAAUGGACAGCGGUCCACUGGUGUGCGACUGCGGCAGACCUUUCAUGUCCUUACAGACUUUAAACUCGCAUCGUGCGAGGGCAUGCCCGGCCGUGGUGGAAGAGGGGGCGCAAAGGCAGGAGAACAAUGCUGCCCACGACCCGAGGUCAUCCGACAUGGGCGCAGCGAAUCUCGCAGCUGAUGACAGCGACGACGCGGGGGCAGAGGACAACGCGAACGGGGCAGCGGGUGACAACGCAGAGCCGGAAGCGCAACCCGUCGAACCUUUUGACAGCUCGCGCACGCUAGCAGCGCUUAUUUUGUCCGCACGUGGCGGCAUCGGUAUGUCGUAUUGCGACGUUGAUGCUCUCUUGUCACUUAUCAAAGACCCGAGAUUCAGCGCGGCGGACAUUGCGUACCGCAACAGUCGAGAGUGCUUCGCACGGGCGGGCAGUCUCGCAGAGGCUGUCGGGUGGAAGGAGUCGGACCUGCGUAGUGACGACUGGCCUGAAGGAGCGCACGCCAUCUUGUGGCACCGCAAUUGGUGAACUGCAUUCUUGUCGAUAAUGCAGGUCGCGUUGCAGAAAUGGGAGACGGUUCAUUCCCUUGAAGUGUCCCCGCCGUCGGACGACCACAGUGUGUCCGGUCCGCGCAGUGGGGCGCUAAGCUAUCACACGC